CAUCAUCCUCGUGGACUCCAGGCACCAAACAUCACCCCAUCCAUCUUCUUCUUCCUCUCCCUUUAUCAAACGCCUCGAUUGUUUCAUCUCUUCUGCUUCUCUUAUGUGUAUUUCUAUCACCUAGCCAUCAUGCCUGAGAAAGGCUCACCAGAAAAAGACCCUCCCAUCCCACCUCCGCUCGACCCUUUCCCCACCUAUCAGACUCCCUACCCUCGACCCGACAAGGAGAACGAGAACCCCUUCAUUCAGUUCCGUCGCUUUGCAGAUGACCAAUUCUCAUCCUUCUUCCAGGGUGUUCCCCGUAUGCUUGGCUUUCAACCCAGGAAAGACGUGGAUGACAUGAUGCGUCAAAGGCAAGAGUGGCAGGAAGGAUGGAGGAAACAGGUCGAACAAGAGAUGGAAGAAAUGAGACAAAUGCUCCAGGGUUCGAAAAGCCGCAGCGAGAGCAUGGAAAGGCUUAGGCAACACCUCGAGAGUACAACUCCGGACGGUCCUGAGUCGACCGAGGAGCGUACGGACAAGAUUAGACGACAUCAGCUUGAAACCCCAGGGAUAUCAGAGCAUGUGUGGACGCGUGCGGAAAAUGCCUCAUCCUCUCCACAAGACACCGCACCUUGGUGGACUCGAGGAGCGGCGGCCAGAUGUCCCGCGUUGAACGGGACUGGGUCGCAAGGCAACUCAUCGAAAUGCCCGGCACUGUAUGACGACAACGGACAAGCGAAGACUGAGUUAGAUGCCUACGAUACACUGCGAAACACCAGUAACGGCAACGAUGUGCCAGUGUUCCAAGCUCCUGUCCAGGAUACCUUACAUCAGCAGUCAAAGUCGUGGUUUUCCUCCUUUGGCUGGGAUGGCAGACAAAGGACGGAGGCUUCAGGUGAUGAUCAAGGCUCGAAAGACGGUCGUGACCAGGCAUUGGCACGACCAGCUCGUCCUAAAACCUAUACGAUGUUCGGCAGUCACCGAAUGGAUCCUUUCACUGACACUGACGAUACGAUUCCUUGGCUCCUGCUGAGCAAGUAUUCGCCGGUCUAUCUAUGCAAUCCUUCCCAACCAAGGCUGUUCAAGGUGCGGAUACAGGAUGCUGAAGGAGUCCCAUUCCAGAUCUACCGACCAAGAUUAUUUCAAAGGUGGUAUUCUGAAGUUGAUGAGAGGUUGGCGAGACGCCUGCCUUGGGCAGAUGCCUUUGAGGAUCUGCUUAGCUUACAGCAGACCGGCGAGAUGGUGGAUAGAGACUGCUCGACCUGGCGCACGCCUAGCACGUGGAUCCACGAUAUGGUCCACCGAGGAAGUCUUGGCUCUCGUUGGGGCUUCAAUCAGGAUGGUCUCUUGAUGAAACGGCUCGACGACACGAAUACUACGCUGGGUUCGCCGCAUAUCAAGGACCAUUGCAAGCGGGAAAGGGAAAGAAGAUGGGGCUGCAGGAGGCACAGCGAAGAGAAGCCAUCAACGACACCGUCGCUCAAAUUAACAGAAAAAGAGGAAGACUUUAUUGACGACGUGAUUGACAAGGCCACCGAGCCUCUUGCACCUUUCCCUAUUUUUGGCAGCGUUCUGUCUGCUGCUGAUUCGAUCGUGUCUGCUGUCGAAGCAGCGCAAGAGGACUUCGAAAAGGCGCAGGCAGCCACUGAGAAGCUGUUCCAGCCAGAACAAACCCAAACUAUCGAAGAAGCCCCAACUCCAGUACUGUCAACAUCCUCCUCAUCGUCAUAUUCCUACGAAAGCUCAUUUUUCUCGUCUGGCCAAUCAACCGAUUCUGCAAAGCACGUUGUCGCAACAACAACUUCGACCACUGAAAGGACUCUCCCGGAUGGAUCAGUCGAGACUAAGCGUACAUACAAGCAACGUUUCGCUGACGGCACUGAGGAAUCCGACGAAAGUGUGGAGGUCAGGAACAUUCCACGCGCAUUCCCAUCACCUCUCGAGGACUCUACGAUCCUCAAACAGACUCAUAAACAAGAGCCUACUGUUGUCUCCUCUUCGCCCGAUCGGCAUGAUCGUGCUGUGUCCUUGGCAACUCGUCCAGACUCAGACGAUACACUCGUACUCGAGUCGCUGAAAGACGAUCCCCAUCAACCAUCGAAAGCGAGUGCUCCACUCCAACAAGACAGACAGUCAGAAGGAGAGACUGCGCACCAGCAGAAGCAGGAUGGAGAUGGUACCCGCCGACCCGGACGAGGUGGCUGGUUCUGGACAUGAUUAGUUGUCACUAUUGUCGCAAGACGUCCUGCAUCUGCGGACUCGAACCGACGGGGGAACAGCUCAUGACCAGCCAGGGCCGAACUUCAAACACGAUUAUGACCUCCUUGUUUCAACGACAAUGCUUUGACUUUAUUCUGCCAGACUGGACUCCACUCACUUUCGCCCCGCUCACGCUCAUCCAACUACCUUGCCAAUCUUACCUCUUCGACUGAAAGCCUUUACCAACACCAUGAUCCCCCCCUCCAUGAGCCACGAAUAUAUCGUCGCUUCCAUUGUGUUUACUUACGCCGACAUACUCCAACUCCGAAACCUCACACUGUUCGCUUUUGUGAGGACGCUGUGCUGGUGCAGUCACCAUGCCGAAUUGAGUGUAUGUAGGUCUGCGAGCGUGUCUCGUCUGAAUGACUGUAAAUCCUUUGGGCGUAACUCCGUAAGGGAUCUGAGAAUGAAUGUUUUCACUUACUUAGCCUUUUGGGGAAAGGGGUGGAUGGGUAUAGGCCAUUUUUGGGGUUGAUGUGAUAUGAUAUUGAUGUGUAUAUGAUGGGAAAUACGA